GUGCAGUGAUGGUCAGAUAAUUCUGCUCGCGGCAUACCUCCUGGUCAGAAAGGCCAGAGAGUUCUACCGCGUUGACGGUCAAUAACAUCGUAUUGUGAUGAUCAUUGUUUGUAUCAAUGGAUCCACUAAUGCUGUUCGACAUGCCUUAAUGAACACCAAUUCGUAGUCGAGAAAUUGUUAUUGUUUGAAAUAUUGCCCACUUGCAACAGGCAGGCCAAAAGAAACUAUCAACAAAGUUGUUUGGCACUGUGAACUGUUACUGUUGAUUGGGUACAAACCGUCAGUAAUAACAGUUUAAUCAUUAGAACACAAACAUCAGGACAAAGAGGUAAGAUAAAAUGCCAAUACAAUAUGAGUUUACGGUGUACAACCUGUGGUGACUAUCUGCCAGCUGUUUUGUUGACUGUAUAGCGUAUAGGUAACUAUGGUAACUAUAUACCAAGCAGCAUCCUAUGAAAAGCAAGAUAUUGCUUGCUAAUUCAAGCUAAGAUUAUUUAUAUACAAAGUUUUGCUCUUUUGUUCCACACUCAGUUUGAUGCUCAGUGUGAAGUGUAAUAGCGCAGUAGCGUUUAGCUAUUCUCUCGGGGUGCCAAAAUUGCCGCUCUUAGUUUUCCGGUUACAAAUUCGCAAUAGGUACUUAUGAAAGCUGGUAUGAGUUAGACAUCUGUUGAAUCAAGUCUGAUAUUGCUGUCUCAUUAGGAAUUGAAACGAUUUAUUUAACGGAUGGCAUCGUUUGAAGUAACUUCGGAACUCUAUGCGGAGACAGAUUUUGCUACGACCAAUUCGGCAAAUGGAAACAGCAUUUCUAAAUUUACAUUUACGUAUCCAUGUAGAGGAGAACAGUUAGAUCGUCAAAAUAGGAAAGGCAAGAAAGAUAUGAAAAUAGAUUUAAAUCAGAAGUGUUGCAAUAAUGGUUUUUAUGAGCGAAGCGAAUCUUUGAGCUCAGAAACAAAAUUAGGUAGCGUGAAAAUUUCAAACGGAAUUGCCGACAAUAGUGAAAACAGUAACAAGGAUUGCGUGUUGGCCGACAAAGAUGGAGAUUUACUUUUAGAAAGGAAACGACAAGGUGUAAUUGAAAUAGAGCAUCAGAAGUCGACAAAUCUUAAUCUGGUAGGGUUACAAAUUUGGCGAGGUGCUCUGCUUCUAGCAGAUUACAUUCUACAUAACGAAAAAAAAUUUAAAAAUAGAAAAAUACUGGAAUUGGGAUCAGGCGUAGGACUAACUAGCAUAGUGUCAAGCUUUUUCGCUCGCGAAGUAAUCUGCACCGAUAUCAAUGUUGGAGGAUUGUUAGAGCUUAUCAAAUCCAACAUUACACGUAACUCCCAUUUGUCAGACCCAGAUUGUAACGUGGUCGUUACUGAGCUAGACUUUACAGUUAAAUAUGAAGAUUAUUCUGAUGAUUUAAAAAAACUGUUACAAGAUGUGGAAUAUGUAGUAACUGCUGAUGUUAUAUACGAUGACACCAUAACGGAAGCAUUUGUUCUUACAUUGGAAAAUUUAUUGCUAGAGCUGCCAAAACUGAAAGGAGUUUUUAUAGCAUUAGAAAAACGUUAUGUAUUCACACUGGAAGACAUGGAUUCUGUCGCGCCAAGCUAUGAGCAUUUCCUAAGAGUAUUUUAUAGAAGAAAUAAUCGAUUUGGUAUCACACGAUGGAAACUAUCACAAGUGUCUUUAAGUUUUCCGCGUUAUUUUGAGUAUGAAAAAGUGAAAGAGCUAGUAUUAUUGAAAAUAUCUAACUAGUCAGAUGCUUUCUUGUAAUAAUUUGAGAUGAUAACACGUCUAUUAAAAAUGAUAAUUAAUUUAUCAAAUCAGUUUUCGGGGACUUUUCAAAUCGCCGUACAUGGCAAUGAGGGAUUCCCUUCGUGUCUCCUCUCCCGCUUUUCAUGGUGAUACUUAUAAAGCAUUGCAUGCAGACGUCAGUGAUUUUCUUUCGUCUCAAGUUUGACAGUGUUGUGUGGUUUGUUUUGAUUACUUAUUCGCAAAAAACUGCAAAAAUGACAGAAAUAUAUGUUGUGCAAAACUUCUAUCAUUUUCUGCUUCGGAAAAGUCAGGAAUUUCCGGUUUCCGCAAACAAGCGGAACGAAUUACUAGUAAUAAAUCCACUAGCAAUAAAUUUAGGUUACAAAGGGAAUCAAAACAAACCACACAAAAACUUCAAACCAGAGUUGAGAUCAGGUACCAUGCAAAGGUCUAUGCAUUCUCGCCUGGGAGAGGCUGUUAGAAUCAAUAGGAAUAGGAUCGUAGCAAAUGGCCCUGCAAUGGAUCAUUGAAGAUUUUUUUUUGUUAGGGGGGACUUAGACUACUUUGUCCAUUGAAUUGAACUUUUGUAGUAUAUCCUUAUUUGCUGUAUGUGUCAGGCAAACCAAACACCAUUAUACAAGCGAUUGGCCAUUUGCCGUUACACGUUCCCGGUCAGGUAUGAUAUGGUUUAUGAAACCAACCCAGUAAACCGUUUGGUUUGUAUAUCUCGAUUGCAACUGAGGUAUACUAAAUCGUAUCUGAACGAAAAAGUUAUAUUUUACGCCAUAUAAGAACAUAUAUGUACCAAAGUGGAGGCGAUUUACGUGCGAAAAUUUUGACAAUUAUUUGUAAUUCUAUUUGUUACAAUUUCCUAA